AGUUAGCAGUGCACGGAAGAAUCGAAUGACAUCAUCAGUGCAUUGAAUGGAGAAGGAGUCAUCCAUGGGGAUGUGGGGGGAGGCCGGAGAUGGUGGUGGAGGCGGCUUGGGGAGUGGGAGUAUGGUGCCUGGUCCGAUCGCCGGAAAGAACGCGGGGAGCAUCGCCGAGAGGAGGGCGGCGAGGUCCGGGUUCAUCCCCACUCCGAGGCUGAACACCGCCCGGUUCCGUAGCGUCAGCCCUCUGUCAUCGCCGGGCGUCCGAUCGCCGUUUCUCACCAUACCACCUGGUCUCAGCCCCACCGCGCUGCUCGACUCUCCAGUGAUACUCCAAAAUUGUCAGGCACAGCCAUCCCCAACUACUAGAACUUUUCAACUACCUUCUUUGGGUCAUGAAAUUCGGGCACUAUAUGCUAUAAAUGCAUGUACAGAUAAAAUCAACUGUGAGGAUAUUGAUUCGUCAUUCAUGUUUAAGACUCAAACUGACAAUGUUUCUGUUCCAUGUCUGCAAAGUGCUCAACAGGUUUCUUCAUCUAAUCUGGGUGAGGAUUUAAGGGCUGCUGAUAUUUACCACCAAGAUCACUCUCUGGUCCAGAUGCAAAUGGAUUUUGAGGAUCAAGCCUGCAUCACAAAACAAGAGAAGGGAUACGCCAGUGAUUUGCAGAGAGAUGUAAAAUUUUCUGAAGAUAAUAUGGUGGAAACAAAGUGUAGUUCUGUUCAGACAUGCUAUCAUCCUCCAUUAAGUAAUCCAGCACAUCAUCUUGAAGAUUUGUCGAAUGGAGAGGAUAGACAGUCAGGGCAGAUUUUGGAAGAAGACCAGUCCUUUUCCAGCUCGGGUGUAGGAAGACCAUCAGAAGAUGGAUAUAACUGGAGAAAAUAUGGGCAGAAACAUGUCAAAGGUAGUGAGUAUCCUCGGAGCUACUACAAAUGCACUCAUCAAAGUUGUCAAGUAAAGAAAAAGGUAGAGCAUUCACUGGAUGGCCAAACUACAGAAAUUAUUUACAAGGGUACUCAUAAUCAUCCAAAGCCACAACCAUCUCGCCGAUCUGCAUUUGGGUCAUCAUUUUUAAUGAGUGAGAUCUCAGAUUCUGCUGCUGGCUUUGGGUCUAUUACAGAUGUUGAAGGGGGAUCAAUUUGGAGAAAUUCUCAGAGAGGAUCUAAAGAUAAAAAUUGUGUAGAUUUGAGGGCUGACAGUUUAGAGUUGACAUCAUCAACAUCUGUUGUUACUGAGCUUUCAGAUCCUCUCUCGACUGCACAAGGAAAAUGCUCAAAUAUCCUGACAGAUAUUCCUGAGCUUUCAUCAACUUUAGCUAGUGAAGGUGAUGAUGAAGAUGGUGCUACCCAGGGGAGCAUGCCAUUUGAGGAUGAUGAUGAAGGUGAUGAGACUGAAUCAAAGAGAAGGAAGAAAGAAAGCUGUGUGAUUGAUAGUAAUCCAGCUUCUCGUGCUGUGCGUGAACCAAGAGUGGUUGUUCAGACAGUCAGUGAAGUGGACAUCCUAGUUGAUGGAUACCGCUGGCGAAAGUACGGGCAGAAGGUAGUUAAAGGAAAUCCAAAUCCUAGGAGCUACUACAAGUGCACACAUCCUGGAUGUUCUGUAAGGAAGCAUGUGGAAAGAGCCUCUCAUGAUUUGAAGUCAGUGAUUACGACUUAUGAAGGAAAACACAAUCAUGAAGUGCCUGUGGCAAGGAACAAUAAUCGCAUGAAUUCAGGUAGUAACAUGCAGCCUGCCUCUAAUGCUCAAACUUCCAUGACAUUACCAGGAUCUAGCAGUGCCUCCGGACCUCAAACACAUGUCCAAGAUCUGGCUCCUUGUUUUGACAAAAAAAUGGAAUUUGGCAGCGGAAACUUCACAGCCAGUUAUGCUGGGUGCUUUACUGGCAAUUCCAAAAUUGGGGCCUCUCCCUGUUAUGAAAUGCAGAUGCCUCUUUUGCAGUCUAUGUCUUUCAGCACGUUUGGAUUGAACAAUAGUUAUGCAGCUGCUCAUCAAGCAAUUCCUGUUUCAAAUAUUAUCCAAGACUUUUCCAUUUCAUUCCCUACAAGCCAUGUCGGGCAUUCAAACCUCUUGUUGGCCGGCUAUGAUGUUAACAAUCAUGGAAGACCUUCCAGCAUUGAACUCCAGCCCUUAAUCAUGCAUCAGUGCAUAGAGAGUGAUAUGAAGCACUUUAGGCAACCUAAGCCUGAGCAGGAUAAUUGAGCUUAUGAUUCUGCAAUUAAUAGUCUCUCUGAUGCUCAACCUUGGGAAAACACCUAUUCUAAUGGGCUUUAAUUUGCUACUCUCAGGCCAUGAUUCUUUAAGUAUGGACUCUGUGGGCUUGUUUUUCUGACCAGAAAUGCUAUCUUUUAUGUUCUCUUGUUUUUUUUUUUAGAAAAAAAGAAAAUUGUGAUGAGAAAAGCUUCCUGUUGUCACAUGUUUUAAUGCAAUCUGUAAGCUUUACCAGUAUAUUGUUCGAUUUUGAAGAGUUCCCAUUUAAAAUUUUUAUCUCA